AAAUACCUGACAUUUAUACUGUUGCCUUCACUGCGGCCUCUGUUCCUCUCUCCACGCUUUUGCUAGGGUUCUCUCUCCGUUUCUUCUGGGUAUUUCAAUUCCAAAAAAAACGUUGUCGUUUUCGAACCCCGACGUCCUCUUGUCCCUCAUUCCUACUACUUCGCCGAUAUGAAGCUCACUGUGAAGACUCUCAAAGGCAGCCACUUCGAAAUUAGGGUUCAGCCUAACGACACCAUUAUGGCUGUUAAGAAGAACAUUGAAGAUGUUCAAGGAAAAGACAAUUAUCCUUGUGGACAGCAGUUAUUGAUUCACAAUGGGAAGGUCUUGAAAGAUGAAACCACGCUGGCUGAAAACAAGGUUACCGAAGAUGGGUUUCUUGUUGUGAUGCUUAGCAAGAGUAAAACAGUAGGCUCAGCAGGGACCUCGUCCGCGCAGCCUGCUCCUACAAAUACACCUACAACGCCACCCACUUCAAAUUCUACUGCUGCACCUGAGACGCGUGUUGAAGCACCGCCUCCACAGAGCACCACAGCUGCUUCAAACACUACUGACGUACAAACAGAUACAUAUGGUCAAGCUGCUUCCAAUUUAGUUGCUGGGAAUAAUCUUGAGCAGACAAUCCAGCAAAUAAUGGAUAUGGGUGGUGGAAAUUGGGACAGAGAUACAGUUACACGAGCACUCCGAGCAGCUUAUAACAACCCAGAACGAGCAGUGGAUUACUUGUACUCUGGUAUUCCUGAAGCAGCAGAAGUUGCAGUGCCGGUGGCUCGUUUCCCUGAAGGUCAGGCAGCUGAAACAGGUGUAAACACUGCUGUUCCUACCUCUGGAGCACCUAACUCAGCACCCUUGAAUAUGUUUCCUCAGGAAACACUUGCAGGUGCUGGAGCUGGUGCUGGUGCUGGUGGACUUGGAUCUCUUGAUUUCCUCAGGACCAAUCCACAGUUUCAAGCACUACGAGCAAUGGUGCAAGCCAAUCCCCAGAUUUUACAGCCCAUGCUUCAAGAGCUUGGAAAGCAAAACCCUAAUCUUUUAAGAUUAAUUCAGGAACACCAUACAGAGUUCCUUCAGUUAAUAAAUGAACCUGUCGAGGGUUCUGAAGGUGACAUAUUUGAUCAACCUGAGCAAGAUAUGCCUCAUGCCAUCAAUGUCACCCCAGCAGAACAGGAAGCCAUUGAACGACUUGAGGCAAUGGGAUUUGAUAGAGCCUUGGUGAUUGAAGCCUUUUUGGCAUGUGAUCGCAACGAAGAACUGGCGGCGAACUAUCUAUUGGAGAACGCUGGAGAUUUUGAGGAUUGAAUGAUGAUUUUUACCUCCCACUGGAUUCAUAGUUUUUUUAUUUUUGGAUCCGUUUUUCUCUUUUCCGUUUCUUUACUAGGAUAGUGUUUUGAAUAGAGUAUGUAUUCUAAUAAUGAUAUUAUGAAAAUUAAUUUUGCUAAGAUGAAACUUCUUAGUCUGUUUCGAGAAUUUUUUUCCUAGCUAAGCUUUGUUUGUUUUGUGGAUAAUUAAAGUUGUUAUAGUGAAAGAUUAACUUGUUGAUGGUUGGCUCAGGCACUGAAACAGAUUGGAUAUCUAGAAUCCAAUCUUGACAACGGGGAAAGUUUGUUAGUAUUGUUACGUUUUCUGUCUUCUGUUUUUAUGUUUCUUUUUAUUUUUCUUGUAAACAUUUUAAAUUAUUAAAUCAAUUCAUUCUGACAUAAUUUUAUUUAUU